AUAGUUUCUUCUGAAACUCGCCCCCUUUACGCAGCUGUAUUCAAACACAUUCUUUAAGGAAAAGAACCUCAUUUUUUUUCUAAAUAAAUCUUCUUUGAAUCAACUACCUGCGUGCCCAUUUUAUUCCAACUAACAGAAAUUAUAUCUCCUUACUGAUGACCAUCACAGCUACACGGAAGAUUCGUGAGCAGACUGCAAAUUACCCUAAGCCAUUAGGGAACUUCAAUUGAUGUAAAUUAACACAUGGUUUUUCCUUGAAUUAAAUUUAAGUUUGCACAACAGUUAGAGAACUACAGGCUGCCGGAGAAAGCUUAAGAAACUGAUCUCUCAGUUCUGUAAAUGUAUUCAUGAUGUCGACGAACGUGACCUUAACACUAAAUGGAACACAGCCCAUGUCGAGCUGCUUUAACCCUACAGAAGAAAGAAUUGGGAAGACCAUCAUUUACUGUCUGAUAUUUGUGGUUUCGUUGGUUGGAAAUGGCUUCAUUGGAAUAAUUGUCUACAAGACGAAAGCGUUGAGAAAGCCCAUAAACUUUUUCAUUGUAAACAUGGCCAUGUCCGAUCUGUUGUUUACGAUAUUCCUGAUUCCGAAGCAGCUAGAAGGGCUAUACACAACCGGCUCCUGGCUGAUCAGUGGUUCUCUUGGCAAAACAAUGUGUAAGUUGCUUACCUUCUCGGUAGAGGUCUCCAAUAUCAUUUCAAUACAAAGCUUGUGUCUGAUCGCUGUAGAUCGAUUUGGAGCUGUAUUUUAUCCCCUCCGUUGUCCACUGAUCAGUUCAAAGCGGUGCCGGUUCUUCAUUCCCGUCACUUGGAUCAUCGCGCUGGCCUUUAACUGCCCACAGCUGAUCGCUUAUAGACUUGUACAGUAUCCGAAAAGGCUGGUGUGUGAGCCGAAGUGGAAUGGCGCGUUUGGAGAGUCCUCUUCCUAUAAAAACUACGUUUUGGCAAGAUCCGCCGUAUUCUGGCAGAUUCCUUUGGUAUUGAUUGUCGUUCUCUACAUUGCAAUCCUUAAAAAAGUGAAAUCCCAGAAAAUUCCAGGCGAGCAAUGCCUCAACACAAGAGAACAACGUGCGAGAAGAGAGAGAAAUGUCCUGAAGAUGUCUGUUGCUAUCAUGAUGACGUUCGCAGUAUGCUGGUUGCCGGUCAGUAUCUCUGAACUGCUACAUCAUCAUUCAUCCCGCACCAACACUAUGAUAUGGUCUUGUGCUUUCCAGAUCUUCAGGGUUGUUGCCAAGUUUCUAGGCUACUCAAACUGUGCUAUAAACCCUUGCAUCUGUUUCAUUUUCAGUGAAAAUUACCGUCAAGGUCUUAAAAAUCUCCUUCGCUGGGCUGUGGUUUAGCGCCGCGUUGGUCCUUUAUAGUCAAAAGUCAAAAUGAAAAAAGUCUUGUCAUUUAACAUCUCAUGUACUUGUCCUUUCAAUGAUUACAAACAUUUUUCGAUCUAAAUUAGACAAAAUACAUAAGGGUCCAGCUGCAGCUAAAAACUGAUGGUUAAUUAAUUAAUUGUUUUGAAUUGCAAAUUGAAAAAGACUCAGAUGUACUGUAAAUAAAAACGAGACAUGAUGGCUCUCUAACGUUAAUUGAAACUUGGAAUAAUAUUUAAUUGAGACAACUUUUUGUUAACUAAUUUUGUAUGUUCCUUAAUAUAUUUCAAGGAACCUUGCA